AUAAAUACGAACAAAAGUGAUCAAUUGAUAGGACUUUCAAACACAGAGCUAAAUCUAACCUAAUUUUUGAGAGAGAAAGUUCAUUUGAUUUUAAUGGCGACAUCGAGGAGCUACUUAGGUAGAGGAAACUACCUCUGCUUCUCCGGCGAAAGAGAAGGUCCUACGGCGACGGAUUUGAGGUUCGAGUUCAACGAAUUCGACGUCUGGAACGUCUCGUCGUCGCCGGACUUUCAUAAGUCGGUAACAGGUUCUCGAAUCUCGAAGAAGUCGGUACCGGCGACGGAGAAGCGAGGAGGCGAUGUUAGAGGAACAGCGUUGUCGCUGCCGGUUGAUGUUCCUGAUUGGUCAAUGAUACUGAAGGAUGAACUCAGGGAAAGCCGUAGGACACUCGGCGACGAUGAUGAUUUUGAUGAUGAUCUGUACGGCGACGAGGACCGGAUUCCGCCGCAUGAGUAUUUAGCGAGGGGAAGAAUCGCGUCGCUUUCUGUACAUGAAGGAAUUGGUAGGACUUUGAAGGGGAGGGAUCUGAGUAGGGUUCGUAACGCGGUAUGGAAGAAAAUCGGAUUUGAAGAUUGAAAAUGAAGGAUCUGCGGAUGUUUGAUGAUCCAAAAUUUUGCCUACACAAUCAACCAACUAGUAAUUGCUCCUUCCUUUCUUCUUAUGCCUACUACUAUACUCUUAGAUCCACCAUGAAUAUAUUCUUUUGUUAUGAUCUGAUUUUAGAUUUACCUGUGAUUCUAUGAGCAAUUUUUUUACGUAACACGGAGUAAUAUGUAGCUUCAAAUGCAAUCUGCAAAUUUUGAGACUGAAAUGAGGAAAUAUCAUUUGAUGA